GUCUAUAAUCUAUAUAAUCUAUGUGAGUUACUGAGGAAAGCGUUCAAAGCUUUAUUUUCUCUGGAAAAAUAAAGAAAUAGAAGGAAUAGAAGAGUUAGCUCUUCCAUUAACAUCUCUCUCUCUCUCACGCCCAAAGAAGACCCAAGAAAUAUGGAGUGGAAUCGCUGUUUAUGUGUCAGCUCUGCAAUUAUCUUGUCCUUCCUUUUGAUGGGUUUCUCUGUUUCUUCUUCUUCUCCAUCCACUUUCAUUUCAGAUAGCAUCUUUGGAUCUCAUGCAUCUUCUGGCAGGAACCUUCUUCAAGCUAGAAAAGCUUGCACAGUGAACUUCGAGUUCUUAAAUUACACAAUCAUCACAAGCAAAUGCAAAGGACCCCAGUACCUAGCUGUGCCCUGCUGUGCAGCAUUUUUGGAAUUUGCGUGCCCUUAUGCCGAUGUUUUAAAUGAUUUAACAAACGAUUGUGCUUCAACCAUGUUCAGCUACAUCAACCUCUAUGGAAGAUACCCAGCUGGCCUUUUUGCCAGCGAGUGCAGGGGCGGGAAGGAGGGUCUUGAAUGCCCUGCAAUACCACCGUCAGUGUCAGCCAGCGACAAUUCAAGUGGGAUUCAGAUUGGGAUUCAGAUCAAGUCCUACCCAUACCCACUGCUAAUGCUCACAGCUGCCUCCUUGCUGUUGUUGUUUAAGUCUUUAUGAAUCAUCAAAAAAGUCAAUUUUCCUACCUUUUCCCAAUCAUUAAUAUAUAUAUAUAUAUAUAUAUAUUUUUUACCUUGUGAAAGUCUAAAUUUUUUUCUCACAUUAGUUUCUAGGCCAUGUUUUCCUUUGUAUCACCAAGGUAUACUCAAAUUGAUUUGUGUAUCAAUUUUUAAUUUGCUGCCCACAAGUGGUGGUUGGGGGUUGUUAGGACCAUGUUGUAUCUUUGAUUCUUGAGUGUAUGUGCUACAUAAUUUAAUUAAGGGGCUCCAAAUUCCACUUAUAUACUCCUUGACAGAUGAA